GACAGUUAAGUUGAGAGUGGGCCGAGACGCACCGUAUCUUACUUUCCGAGAGUCCGAGAUGCCCUUAGAGUCGAAUUCAACCAUAACAAAACUCCCGCCACAGUGAAGGAAGGAAGAAGAGGCCGAGUUUUCGAAUCUUGCAUCACCUAUUCAUGAAUUACGAAGAAUUUGAGGUGGCAGGUAGUCUACAAAGUGCUUCCUUCUACCAUAGUGAGGAACUUUGUUCUUCACUUCCGUCCACAGCCACUCAAUAUUGUUAGCAUGCAUGGCUCUGUUAUUCGGAUCCACAAAGAUGACAGAGUGGACAGAUCUGUUGUCCAACAUACGAACACACGCCUUUACAAGAGCUUCAUCUGCAUGGACUUAGAAUUUAUGAGGCACCCACCAGAUUUUUAAAGUGAUGCUGUGGACACACUAAAGCCAACCCUCAAAUAAAACCACCACAAACAUGAAUGUUUUGCUGCUUUGCUAUUGAUGCUGUUGAUAAGAUUAUCCAAGGAUAGAGGCAGUAUGGUAGCCCAAUUGAAUGAGUGACCCAGCUGCUGCACAAACAUGUCACAGACCACAGAGAGGGGAGUGGGCAACUUAGAAGACAAGAAAUGGAUUUAGGAAAGACCAAGAAACAACUCACCACAUCACUAGAACAACAGCAACACCAGAUACCAUAUGCAGAUGGAUGCAACUUUGGAGAAGAGCAGAAUGUAUUACAAGAUGGAGCCUCAAUCCCUUCCUCAAAAACUAGCAUUGAAGAGACUGAAACACACAAGGACCAGGAUGGAACUCACUCUAAUACUGAAAGUGAAAGAAGAAUGGAAGAGACUGGAGAGGAAGAGAAGAGUAAAAAGAAUAAAAAGAUGGAGUUCCCUGACAUGAGUGAACCUGGACUUUCAGAGGAAAAUGAAGAUGAAGAUGAGGAUUAUGGUGAAGGUGAAGAAGAUGAGGAGUUAGAGGAGGAGGAAGAGGUGGAGGAGGAGGAAGAAGAAGAUGAGUUAGAAGAAGAGGAAGAGGAAGAAGAAGAGGAGGAGGAUGAAGGGGAAGAAGAGGAAGAAGAAGACGAAGAAGAAGAAGAGGAAGAAGAAGAAGAAGACAUUGAAGGAGAGGAAAUAGAUGUAGAGAAUCUUGAAAAUGCAGAAAGAAUGGAAGAAGUAAUUACAGAAAAAAAAAUUAACAGAACUGACAAUGAAGUAAACCUUGGAAACAUUAAGGAAGUAGAAAAGAAGAAAGAAGAAAUAGUUUCAUUUGACAAAAAAAGAAAGAAAGAGGAAGAGCUCAUAACAGAUGAAGAAGGGAUCUCUAAAAGAAAGAAAGGAAAAGUUGAACAGCAAAAAGAAAUGGAUAAGGAAGAGGAGGAGGAAGAAGAGGAAGAGGAAGCAAUCAUUUCAACCCCAGCACAAAGGAAAGAGGUGGAGACAACAGAGACAGAGACAGAAGACUCAGAGGUGGAGGACUUCCCAACAGAGGGUCUGCUGCAGGAACUUCAUUUUCUCAAUGCCAGCUGUGAGAGACGGCACCUGCAGAAGGGUGCUCUCUCUCAGGUACACAAGACUCCAAAAAAACAGAAGAAGCUUGAUUUUGGCACUCCAUCAGAGGACUCAAAGGUGAGGGAAGAGAACCGAAGUGGCAGCAGCAGUGCUAAGAGGAAACGGGCCAGAAAGAGUACCACCCCUUCACCUCACAAAAUUCAUCCAGGCCAAAGCCCAAAGAUGAAGUCAAACAAAAUUAGUCCAGUGGUGAAGGGAGAGGAUGAGGAAUAUCAAAAUUACAAUGAGUGUUAUACCUCAGAGGACGAAGAGGAUGAUGAGGGUGCCUUAACUAUUGUGGCACAUGACGAGUCACCCAAGAAGAGGAAAGGAACAUCCCCUCCGAAGUCAAAGAAGAAAAUGCGUGGGGAGGAAGGCAGUGAAGCUGCUGGGGAAGUGCCUCAAGAGGUCAUUGAGUUGAUUCAGUCUGGUAUUGAUGAGAUGCUGGAGGAGAAGGCUGAGCGAACACACCUCACAGCCAUCCAUGUCAAGAACAUUAUCAAGAAUGUGAUGACUGAUGAGAAUGUGUUGGCAAUGGUCCGCAACACUGUCCUUGGCAUUCCUGUUGGUGGUUCUGCUGGGUCUGCAGUAUAUGAACCCACCCUGACCCGUGCCAAAACAAAGGAGCUGAUGGAGCAGCAAGCAGCAGGAAGGGGCCAGAGCAACAUCUGGGCUGGGCUGUCCAACCAUUCACCUGUUGCCACCUCCACCUUCACCCCAGAGACACAGGCACUUGUUUCUGUUGAUUUCCCUGAUGAGGAUGAAGAUGAAGAAUACAAGCCAGAAGCAGAUGACCAGCUACAUAGUGAUGAAGAGAGCCUAGUGUCAGCUGGCUCUCCAUCCACACCAUCCAAUAUACAAUCUGCCUCCACUCCAGGCUCCCACCAUAGCCUCAACACCCCAUGCUCUUCAAGGAGUGUGGAUGUGGGCACACCAUCCAGCCAGGUGCCAGUGUUGUUCAAGACACCCAGUUUUCAGAAGAAGAGUGUCCAACGUGUGCUGUCUUUCGACAAGGUGCCAAAGCAAGAGCAGGAGGUGGUGAGUCAGCGCACUCGGUCCAAGCUGCCCUUGACAGAGACACCACUGGAGUGCCUGGAGAUGGCCUUCAGACCACCAGAUGUGACCACUGACAUGUAUGAAACAGAGGUGGACAAUGAAGAAUGGAAGGAGUUCCUCAUUGACUUCAUUCAUCCAUUAAAGAGCACUGAGGUUGGUGAAGAUGAAGAGGCAGAUCCUGAGUACAACAUUCUGGAGGAUAAGGAGGAUGCACUGGAUUUGAGGGAAGAGAUGCGAGGAGACCGAGCUGUUCAGAUCUCUAAGAAGGAGAUCCAGCAACUGAUGACAGAGUUGUUGGACACUUUGGAUGGGGAUGAGAGGUCUGAGCCAAUAAGAGCCCACCUUUCUCAACAUAUAGUUGCACGAGAGGUGAAAAAGUCAUCAUUUAAGGUUUCUCAGCCUAACCAGCAGCAGGAAGAUGGAUCAGCACAAGGAUCUAUCUGGGUGGAAGUUAUGACGGCCAAAUUCACACCAACUCAGCUAGAAGUUUUGCAGUGCCAGAUGAUACAACAUGUUCAGUUGCUGACCACCUCAGUGCUCAUGGCCCACGGCAGCCACCAGUUCCCUGAACUGAAAGAGGUUGCUGAUGCCAGUGUAAAGAAUCUGGAAGAAAUGAAAAUUACUUCAGAAUCCUGUAGUUUCCAGAAUACUUUUUUCAAUCCAGUCAAUCUCUCAGCUGCCCUGGAUGUGGUGUCCUCCCUCAAAGACAUGAGUUCUUGUGCAAAAGAUGAGUCGAGCAGCAGCAGCAAUACCUCAGAGAUUCCACCUGAUAUUGUGGAUUUGGUGUUAAACUCUACUGCCUUUCCUUACCCUCACCUGCUGCCAACACGCAUGUUCCAGCUGCCAACCAUGCGGGGCUUCAACAAGGUGGUCUUUUUACCCUCAGAAGACAUAUUGAUGGCUUUGGGUCUAGAGCGUUACCUGAAUCCUAAGUAUCAUGCUGAGAAGUGCAGGAGACCUCAGCACCGUAUCCUGAUGGAGGCACUGACCGAGAUCACCUCAAGCAUUCUAGUGGCCAAGACAGCCCGCCAGGCUGCUAACAGAGUCAAGAACAUCAGAAGCCGUGGUCGGGACACUCCCAACAACCCUGUCCUUCAAUACUUAGAAACAGGCAUGAUGGAGAUACCCUCUGCCAUGCCUGACCCUCUGUUGCCGUUUUUCCCGUGCCCUGUACAUGCCAUGCCAGAAGCCAGCUUACGGAAUCCCUUUAAGGCUGUGGUGAAGAAACAGCAGUUUGCCCUCAGAAAGCAACAGAAGGCAAACUACAAAGCAGCCCUGCACUGUGAUCUAAGAGCCUUAGAGGCCAAGUUUAAAGGGGUUGGAGGAAUAAAGCAUCAGAUCCACAACAUUGUCAUCAUACAUCCACCAGAAGGCAGUUCAAUUAUACCCUUAACUUCCUGUGUUAGCAACAUUCCACCACCUUUGAACCUUCCUGAUAUAAAGAUAUCAGAGUCAUCAACUCAGUCCCAGGAAAACUGUAUUGAAGCAGAAACUGACAAGUCAUGUACCAUAAGUAAAGUGUCAGAGAAUAAGCAGUGUUCUCAAAGCAUUGAGAGCACUAGUGAUGAGAAACUAGACAGUAAUCACAGCAGCCUUGUAGAUGAUGUGCACAUAGUGUGUGGUGGGGAGCUGACCUCUGUGGUGUCCCCACAAGGAGAGAGGGACACAUUCUCAGAUAGCCUGUCUGUGACCCAAACACAAGACAGUGGUAAGAACUUAGAGGAUAAUUCCACAGCUCAUCCUCAGUCACAAAGCACAGAAAAUGAAAGUCUUGAGUUAUCAGGGCCUGAGUGUGAUAGCAGUAGGAGGACAUUAGAGUCAGGAAAUAACACAGUGGAAAAACUUAGAGAAAUAAUUCCCCAUAUGGAGGAGGAGGUUAUUUUGGAUGAUGAAAGACAAUCCAGUGACAGUCACAGAGAUACAAAUGAUGAAGCCUCAGAAAUUAAUAUUCAGGCAGACUCUGUUGUAAAAGAGAGUAUCAUAAACAGUGAAAGUAUCUCUGAAUCUCUGAAAGUCUAUAGUAAGAAUGAUGAAAGUCCCAGUUCAGAAAAUAUGCCAUUGUUACAGUGCUCACCAGACCGGGCUUCACUGUGUGAUAGUGCCGCUCCAAGCACCCCAGAAAAGUUGAGUCCAAGAACAGCAAGUUUUCCAAGUCAGCACUUGUACCUGUGCACACCUUUUUCCACUCCACAGAAACCUGAGGAUGAGUGUAGCAGCCCAGUGUCUCUCUCCGCAUCCACCCUGUGCACACCUAUACUCACAGCACCUGCCCUAACCAACUCUCCAGAAAAGGCACUGCAAGAACUCAGACAAAGAAAUUUAACUGCUGAGCUGGAAACAUAUGAGGAGUUACAUGGAGUAGCAGGCAGACCAAUCAAGAGUGUGUUGCACAGCAAGGAUCAGAGUGUACAGCAAGUGGGAGCUAAAGGAAAGGCCACCAUGCCCGUAAGAACGGUGACGCAAAGCCCUAUUACUGCCCUGGCCACAUCAGUACAUGAGGGCUCUGUGUUAUCUAAGGAAAGACAAGGAAGAUCAGUUCACUUAAUCAAUGUCACAUCACACAAGCCAGAAACUAGUCUUCGCAAGAUUUCCCCAGCAAAGACAUUCAAAUCCCCCUUGAAGACCUCUCCUCUGAAGCAAGUGUCCCCCAUCUUACGCAAGUAUCACAAAUAUUCUCCCAAGAGGAACAUCAGAUCUAGAAAACUAUUACCAAUCUUGCCAAAAUUUACAGCUGUAUGCCACAGACUUACACCUAAACCCCAGAAGGCACCACCUACGGAUGCAUCAGAGAAUGCAAGUGCCCAGGGGAAGGUGUCUCAGCACUCUUCGCGGUGUGAGAGUGUGCUGCACAGGUCCAAGCAGCACCAGGGAGAGAAUGGUGACCUACUUCCUCUUGAGGACCAGCUGGGAGGGGAAGGUGUCAGCACAUCCCCUCGGUCCCGUCCAGGACAACAUCGCCUGGAGGAGGACUUUGAGGAGGAUGCUCUGGAGGAGGAGGAAGAAGAAGACGAGGAUGAGGAGGAGGAAGAUGAAGAUGAUGAUUUAGCAGCAGAACAACAACGAGAGGAGCACUUGGCAGCCCUCCUGAAGGCCUCCUCCACCAUCACCCUGAGGCGGAGCGGUGGUGGAGGCGAUGGAGGGGUCGGGGAGCAUGGUGUAGAGCGGAAACUUACCAAACAGCAGCGGAGGCUUCAGGCGCGCAUCUCUGCCUUGUCAUCUGUCCCUGAUCCAGCAGCCCAGGAUAAGUUCAUGGCACAGAGUUACCUGAUGCGAGUAAGAGAGGCACUGGUGGCCCAGGAUCCAGCUUGCUUCAAGAGGUUCUUAUUUAUCCUCAAUGAUUUCACUGAGAACCCAGACAGGAGCCCCAUCCAACUGUAUAACCAGCUGUAUGAAGUUUUGUCUGAUUUUCCACAUUUACUGGAAGAGUUUGUGGCAUUUCUGUUACCCCAGCAAGCCAUUGCACUUGGGAAGUAUGCACAGUACUGUGCCAUCCACCGAAUGAGAGACUUCCUGGAAAAGUUAGAGCUACAGUUUGGCAAGCAGCCUCAGUACAUCCAGAAGAUCAUCCGCCUACUGCAGAGCUUCCAGGGGCGUCCCAGUCUGGACCUGGCAGAGGUGAAAACUGCCAUCACUCCACUACUACGCUAUCCCCACCUAGUGGAGUCUUUCACCCAGUGCUUCCCCUCUCAGCCUCCACCACCUAGUUUACAGAGUGACUUUGAGGACCUAAAGCUGGAACGCUCUGGCUCUGUAGACAGCAUGGAGGAUUUGGUGCUCCCAGAUGAUGAUACCAGCUCCUCUCCCAGUCAGUGUGCAUGUCCUUGUCACUCCAAUGCCCCCUCCACUCAUCCCACCCAACCAACAGCCCAGCCUCAUACCCGGACUGACCACUGUCACUCUUGUGCUCUCAGAUUCUCAGAAGGAAGAGUGUACCUGCAGUGUGGUAAGACAUUACGACCUGCAAGAGUCACCUAUACAGACAGCCAGAGAGGAGUGAAGGUGACACCUUUCGGGGAGUCCAACACUGAAGCCCAGGGUGAAGCAGCCAAGGAAUCCACUGGGUCUUGAAUUCUGGAAGUACCCUAAACCAGGUAGUUUUUCCAGUCAUGAAGAGAUGAAGACUGCUCUUGCUGCAGAAUAAAUGUAUUUUAAGAAGGAGAAACUUGUGAACUUUCAUGAUCAAUAGACAAGCUCAUAAAAGAUGCAGACAUUUGGCAGAUAUACAAAACAAAAACAAGGCACACAUCAGAAAUCUACAGGGUCAGUUCAGUACUUCAUGUAUGUUGAGCAGCACAUGAAAGAUAUUCCCAUAUUUUUAUACUGAAAUAUAUUACAGUUUUAGUGGAUAAAAAUAUGCGUAACUUAUUGUCAGUGUUUGGACUCCUCAAAACGAUGAUGCUGGACAGUGUAGAAUUUAUCUCUUAAUUAGGGCUGUAAUUUAUUAUAAAAUUUUCUUUUAACGAAAGUAUGGUAUAGCAAGAUGUAGUUUUCCAUUACAUAUUUAAAGAUGAUCAUGCUGCAAUGAAAGUUGCCCAUAGCUUGUUUUAUUAGCUUUCCACACCCCAGCCAUGUGUCAUGUCUGGUGGGGGGAGGCUUCAAGGCCAUGCAGGUGAAUGCCUGCUGCCAAAUCUUGUGUUGAAAGAUGAUGGUGUAUGAAUUAAGAAAGCAAAUAUUUUCUUUAUA